GCCAGGACCCUUAUGACCCACUUCCCUGUCCCACUGCCUGCCAUCCCCACACGCCUUCAGCCUCACGGCCCGCUGCCCUGUCCUUCACCCCCCAAGCUCCAUCCCACCAUCCCCAUGACCACAUCCUUGUGCCUUGUUGUCCCUGCAGCCCCUCAGCCUCCCGCCGCAGCCCCCAGCAUGCUGCCUCGCGGUGCCGAGGAAGGUGUCAGGGCGAGGCUCAGGCAGAGUGGGGACAGAGGGGACCCGGCCCAAGGUGGCUUCACCCUCCAGAGCACGGCCAGUGCUGGGCUGGUGGGGCAGGCGGUGCUGAGGCUCUGUAAGGGCUGGGGCCAUCGAUGGGGCCAGGCAGGGCCCGGCUGAGGGGCGACAGCCACGGGAGGGGACGAGGACGGCGACAAGGGGACAGCCAGCCGCCCCCGGCCCCACAGCGCCACCCCGUGGCGGGCAGGUUCGGCCCCGCCCCCUGCCCCAGGUGGGCGGGGCCUACGAGCUUGACGGACGGGUAACUUUUCACCCCCGGCCACGUGGUGCGCUGGGCUCCCGCCCCUUCGCGGCAGGCUGGGGCGUGUUAAAUGAGGCCACGCCCCCUCGCAGCAGUGAUUGGCGGAGGCGGAGCCGCGGACACGCCCCCCCGCAGCUCGGGCUGCCGCGGUGCCCGGCUCAGCGUUGCCGGCGGGCAGGACGGGGCGGGCAGGACCGGCGCCGGUCACCGGCACUGCACGGCACGGCGUUGCACGGCACGGCGCGGGCUCACCAUGAUCGUGUGUCCUCAGAGCGUGGAGCACCCUCGAGGAAGCCGGUGCCAGCGGCUGCCGGGGCAGGUAGUGAAGAUGUCUGGCAGUGACCCCGAGCGCCCUCAGUUCCUCUUUGUGAAGGUGCUGGCGAGCCGGGGGCGGCUGGAGGCAGUGACCCAGCAGAUGGGUUACCACCCGCAGUACCUCGACAGCUUCCUCAAGACUCAGCACUACCUGAUGCACAUGGACGGCCCGCUGCCCUUCGACUGCCGGCACUACAUCGCCAUCAUGGCAGCUGCCCGGCACCAGUGCCGGUACCUGGUGAACCUGCAUGUGCUGCAGUUCCUGCGGGCAGGGGGCGAUCCCCAGUGGCUGCGCGGCCUCGACUUCAUCCCCCCCAAACUCCGCAACCUCAAUGAGAUCAACAAGAUCCUGGCACACCGGCCGUGGCUCAUCACCAAGGAGCACAUUGAGAAGCUGCUGAAAAUCAGCGAGUGGAGCUGGUCACUGGCAGAGCUUGUGCACGCCGUCGUCCUCCUGGCACAUUGCCAUGCACUUGCCAGCUUUGUCUUCGGCUGUGGCUGCGAGCAGGAUGAAGGGCCGGGGGGCCGAGGCUCAAUGAAGCCCUUGUCACCCGGGAACCAGUGCUUCUGUGACACCACCGCGGGCAACGGCUACAGCCAGGAGCUGCUGCGCAUCAACCGCAAGCGGUCCCUGGACUCCUGCAUGGAGCUGGAUUCGCUCCGGGAACGCAUGCAGCGGAUCCAUGUGGAGACCGAGGGGAGGGAGGAGACGAGGAUGCUGCAGCAGGACCGAGAGGAAGAUACCGACGGGGAAGUCACCGGUGCCACCAACCUUGCAUGCUACAUGCAGGACCCUGACUUUGGAUACCAGGACUUUGCUCGGCGCGACGAGGAUCAGACGCAGGUAUUCAGAGUCCAGGAUUACUCCUGGGAAGACCAUGGCUUCUCACUGGUCAACCGGCUCUACUCUGACAUCGGGCAUCUCUUGGAUGAGAAGUUUCGGAUGGUGGAUGGUCUGCAAAGCAGCGCCAUGGCCAAGCGGCAGGGCUGUGAACCCUCCGUCUUCAAGCGGGGCAUCUGGAACUACAUCCACUGCAUGUUUGGCAUUAGGUACGAUGACUACGACUACGCAGAAGUGAAUCAGCUCCUGGAGCGAAUGCUCAAAGUUUACAUUAAAACUGUAACCUGCUACCCUGAGAAGACAAACCCAGAAAUGUUUGACAGGUUCUGGAAGCAGUUCAAGCACAGUGAAAAGGUUCACGUGAACCUGCUCAUCCUGGAAGCCCGAAUGCAGGCAGAGCUGCUGUAUGCAUUGCAAGCCAUCACCCAGUACAUGAUCUCCUAAACGGUGGGGAGCUGUGCUGCGGCAGGGCCGGGCAGCAGCCUCUCUCCCUGGACUUGUGUGUGACCUGUCAUGCUGGGAUGGACAGCGAGGGAUUACUCAAUUUAGUUUACUUGACUGUCUUGUUCCUUUUUCCCCCCUCCCCCCGCCUUGUGGGGCUCGCUGAGUGGCCCCGUUACGUGCAAUUACCAAACUGUGAGGCAAGUCCGUGCUGCUGAGAUGUCGGUGUGAUGCUGGAGACUUGAACAUGUCCAAGGAGGACUGCCAAAGAUGCGGAGGGAGAGGGAGGGGGGAGGGGACCGGGGCCAGUUUAGAGGGAUGCUUCCCCCCCCCCCCCCCCCCAAGCAGGAGCUCCUCACCCGGGUGCUGCCGGGGUCUCGGCCGCUGCGGGGAGGGCAGAGGGGAGAGCUGGCUUCCUUCCCUGGCUGCGCCAGCUGCCCUGCUCGCCAGCCGCCCCGCGGUGCCUGGCCUCGCUGGGCUGAUGCAUCCUGCGGGCAGCUUGCGGGUGCGUUGCAAUGUCCUGAGUUGCGUGGCCAGGCAGGGAGGGGGGUGGGUUGCCAGCGAGGGCCCUUCCCCAGCCUGGGACGAGGAGGGGAUGCACUUGGCUGCCUACACGUCCUGCCCUUUUAGAUCUAUGUGCCAAACCCCUCUGGGCUGGACAAGAGAUGACCCAGGUGAACUCCAAACUGUGAAGUUCUUGCUGGCAGGGUGCCCUAGUGCUCUGCCUUCUCUGACAGCAGGGCGAGGAGGUCUCUGGCAGUGUUCAGGCUCUGGAGGUUUCCGCAGGUGACUUUGGGCAGUCCUCAGGGAGCUUGCCCCGAAGCCUCUCCUCUGCCUCCCAUAAACUGAAGGGGCAGGAGGAACAAGGGAGGCUUCCUGAGUUAACAUGGCUUGUAUCUUAUCUUCUUGCCACCACGAGAGGGCUAAGGUCCUGUGUCCGGUCACUUGCUGCUUAACAGCAUGGUGGAGGAGCCUGUGGUCAGUGCAGGUGAGCUACAGGAAGCCUCUUGAUCUUGGGCUGGGGGGACUCCCUGGGCUGUCCCCAUUCUGAACAGGGACAGCCCACGCACCAGCCUUGCCCUCUGCCUGGUGGGCAGGAGCAUGCACCACUGGUCCCCCCAUCCUAGGGCUGCUCCCAGCCCAUGCCGCAGCCCCUGGCUGGGGAGGUACGAGGGAUCCAGUACAGGAUCCAGAGCAGCCACAAAAGGGGAAUGAGGCCACCUGUGAUAAGUGGGAGCCUGAAGCAAGAGCAGCUGUUGAGUCAGCCCAGUGCACGCUGCUUCAGUCGACCUGUUUACUGCGUAAAUGUACGGGGAGAAAACCUUGUGUAUGGAAGCUACAGAAAAAGCCUAUUUUUGCUAUAAAUAUAUUACGUUUGACAUGGA